UGACUCAGCCCUGGUCCUGUCUUUUCAUAUCUACGGUCAGGAGAAACAAAAAAGUACCGCUACAUACUUCAAGUAGUAAAAUUCCCGCCAAUAAUUAAGGUGAUGCUAGCGACUGUGAUCAGAAGGAUUCAAAAAAUACAUGCUAGAAGUGGUUAGAAGUGAGCUAAGGAUAAUAAAAAUGGUUCGACGAAAACCUGAUGCAAGGCGGGGACCACCUAGUCAAACAUCUAGUACCCACACUUUAGUACAUAAACCUAAACGUUCACGAGCUUUGCGAGAAAUUAAAUAUUUAAGGAGGACUGUACAUUUAGUGAUACCAAAACUUCCUUUCGCUCGUUUAGUUAGAUCAAUUAUUGUUGAUUUAUUUCCAACACUAGAUGUUAAAAGAAUACAAUCAAGUGCAAUUCAAGCAUUGCACGAAUCAUCAGAAGCUUAUAUUGUUCAGUUCUUUGAAGAUUGUGUGCUAGUGUCACGCCAUGCAAAGCGUGUUACACUCAUGAUUAAUGAUGUGAUUUUGUUAAGACGACUUAGGGGAAGAGAUGAUAUUAUAAACAGAUAAUUUAAUUUUGUACAGUGCAUAGCAAAUUUGUAAUAUAUAGUUCAUAUUGUAUUAAUUCAGUAUUAAUGACAUGCAUUGUGUUAUAAUCUGACUGCCAUGGACUCUGUUCUAUCGAUGUACAAGAUUGUAAUUAUUAAUUAUAUUUUUAUGUAAAAGAGUAAUGUCGAAAAAAGGCGGAAAACUGUAAAUGACAUAAUAGAAUUAAUAAAUGUUAUAUCCUUGUA